ACGUUUUUUUUAAUACUGGUGUAUGGUGAGAGGGACAGUUCGUUUAUAUCCUUGGCAGCUUUCGGAGGAAAGCUCAUAACAAUUCGCUUUCCCAUGCUUCUAGACCAGUGCAAAGUUACUCACGAUUGCUAUACAACCUGCCCGGUGCUUGCUUUCUGCCUCUUGAAGUCGUUGUCUCGGCUCAAAUCAUUUGGCAUUGUUCUGCUGAUUGAACCCUGACGUCUACUCGACGGAGAGCUGAUUCUAAAUAAUUGCCGACUCUUAUCAUUCCUGUCAUAUAUCAACAAUUUCUCCCUGGUCUUUUGGGUUUUCUGUCAAGUGGUUUCAUGUUUGGUUAGUGGAACCCCAGCAGCAACGUGUGUCUGAUCAGUGUUUGGUGCUCGCCACAACUCCUAUAGAAUUAUCUACAUUGACCCUAUUUUCCACUGUCCCGUCAACGAAAAUAGACGAUGACGGGUGAAGUGGUAAGCUACUCGGGACCAGGACCGGGAGACUCCAACUCUCAUAAUGUAGAACCACCAAUUGAAAAUGAUGCUGAGAUAGGAAAGCAAAAUUCCAGCCCGCCAUCAUCUCCUCGGCGCUGUCCGUUCCAGCAAUAUGUUGAUGUUGAUAAAUUGGGACGUAUCAGCGGUACGUCCGUUCUCGAUUCACCCGGCAUAAGUUCCCUCGGACGGAGAUCCAAUGGCAGAGCAUCAUUUAUGGGAGUGAGAAGGCGUUCACAUUUGCAUAACAAAACGGCCGAAGAGGUCGAACGCAUCGUUCAGGCCGGCAAGAUUCGCGAGCUAAAGAACUGCAUCCGUUCACACCAGUGGUUACCGUUCGAUUGCGUCCGUUCUCGACUGUGGCAGAUCAUUUGCAGCGUGCACGUGAAAGAUAAGGCCACGAUGGACUCAUUGUACUGGGAUACAGUCAAACAAAUUUACGGCACUCACGAUCUGGUCACAAAGACUGGCCCGCUACCGACUUUUGUCGAGCCUUCGUUCCAGAUGUCUUACUAUCUGAACGAAACGGGCAUUCAAGUGGCCCGCCGUGUCGUCAACAUCAUAUCAUACUCGUGCCCCGAUAUCACGUACGCUCCCAGUUUAUACCCCAUCACUUGUCUCCUGCUCCAUUACAUGAGCGAGGAGGACUGCUACGCCUGCGUUUCGCACAUGGUGGCGUCUAAGAAAACUAAAUUCAUUACGCAAACAAAGUUGCACUUUGAAACCAUCUGGAGAACGUCAAUGAUCUUGUGCCGGCGACACGCUAAAUCCGCCGUUUCAUACAUUGCUAAACAAGCCGGAGAGAAUAGCAUUGUAGAGUCUAUCCAUCAGCAAUGGCUGAAUUGCAUCUUUAAAGAACUACCAUUCCAACAUUUGGUGCGCGUGAUGGAUUGUUUCUUAUUCGAGGGCCGUAAAGUCAUGUACCGUGUCUGGAUGGCCAUUCUCCUACUUUUCCAUAGGCAUUUGGCAUCUCUUCCGUCCAACAACCGACCUGCGUUGAACAAAGACUCUAUCGUGGAGUCGGCACUGUUGGGCUUCUGUCGCAAUUUGCCUUGUAGCCCGGAGAAGUUACUAAGGACAGCUUAUGGAGUGCGGAAUUUCAGCUCAUCCGAAAUGGAUCGGUUAUUCGUCAAGACGGAAAUGUAUCUCAAAUCGAAGGCCGCUGCGUCCGCAUCGGGGCCCAACAACAAGAACGUCAUGGUGCCGCGUUCUCGUUCCAGCGACGUCCUACCUACCAGCCAGUCUCAAGUGAACAUCCAGAUGAUGUCUCACACGCUGACAAUUCGAGAGGGUUCCAGAUCACCGGGUCUUAGGUCUCGCUCCUUGGGAUUGUUCCCGAUUCAGGGCGUACGUUCUCAUGCCGCCGACUACGAUCGCCUGCUGACGGUUUGGUCUUGGCUUCCGGUGAGGAUCACCAUGUAUCAACCAGAGCUGUUGUACACAACCGAGGAGCACGGCUGCAGCAUGACGACGUUCUUUAACAGAGUAGAACAACACGAACCCACAAUCCUCAUCGUGAAAACUACAACGGAAGAUGUGUUCGGAGCUUAUUGCUCAAGCCGAUGGGCAGAACGCAAUUCGAAAGAUUGCCAUGGCGGUCGACAGGGUUAUUUUGGAACGGGCGAGACGUUUGUUUUCACGCUCGUACCUAACGAAAUCAAAUACCCCUGGGUUGGAAUCAGCGCUAGCUCUGAAGGCCCGUCCUGCGUACGACACGCCGCCGAACUCUUCAUGGCAUCCGACGGGCACAUGGUCACUGUUGGUGGAGGAAAAGCCCAGGCAAUUUGGAUCGAUGAAAACAUCCGUUAUGGCAAGACUGACGGUUGUUUGACGUUCAAUAAUCCACCACUAGCCUCUACGACCGAUUUUGAGAUUAGAGUUCUCGAAGUCUACGGCUUCCAGAAUGUGUAGUAGUUGAAACCUAAACGAAAAACGACGUGAAACUAAAUCGACUGGAGCACAGCCGUGAUACGGUCAGGCAAAAAUCCUAUCCCUCUACCAAUAGACAAAACAAAAAAUCCAGGUCGAUUUUCAACUAUAAUUAGCUUUUGUUUUGUUUAAUUCUUUUUUUUUUAUCUCAAGUUUUCCUUCUUUUUGUUCCAAGAGAAUUAAACAAAAGCGUUCCAUGUUCAAGCUAGACUAGUCGUUGAACCCCUACGUGUGUCAAUCCGUCGCCCCUCGUAAGUAAAAAGAAAACAAGCAGGAAUGUGUUGUACUUUUUUUUUUUUUUUCAUAUAGAGGCUGUGCUCGCGCGCGUAUCACAUUUUAAAAAUUCCCGAAAUAUUAUUUUUUUUUUGGCUCUAUUCGGUUUGGCUUUUGCUUGUUUUUUCGUCUCGUUGCGUUCCCGAUGUCUACACGUGUUCUACUUAAACGGGAAUUUGGCGAGUCCCCACGAUGUUCAGGUUUCACGCUCACCAAAGAAGAGGUGACUAGUCAACUUCAGCAUGUUAAAAUGGUACUGCUCUUUCGGUGGUAAAAUUCGAAUUUU